CAUUCACCUUGCCAGAAACAUCAACCUCUCCCCCUUGCUGCCCCCUGGGCGUGACGGUGGCUGUACUAGUAAAUGGGAGGGAUCAGCUGGAGAUAAGCAGGCAGCCAGAGCGGAUUGUACUAUAGUAGCAAGUGGGCUCUGCUUGUGAUCUUUGCCUCCUCUCACCCUUGGACAGUGCUAGGCGUGGUGAUCCUUUCAUAUGCAGAACAGGGGGUCGCACACCUGCCCCCAACAGCCAAGGGAGGGCUGAAUCUGAGACACCGCAGGUGGGAAGGAGUUUCUGCCUGUAACAGAUUUGGAAAUUCUGACCCCAGUGUGCCCAGCGCAGACCCCGUAUCCAUCAAUGCGCCCCCGUUGGCUGAGGGCUGUGGGGAUCACGAUCGGUGCCCUGACGGUGUGCUCCCUGUUCUAUGGGCACUACUAUAGCUCGCUGGUCAGCGUUGCCAGGUCCCCACAGGGAGGCGUAGGGUAUGACUUUCCAAGUAAGGGCUUGGAGUGGAUCCCAGCUGUUCCACAUGGACGGGAAAGGAACAGGGAGUUGGCUGAGACGUUGAGAGUGCAGAGACCAAGUAAGCAGGUACCCGGCACAUGUCCAACUUCGCUGCAGCUGCGGGUAAAGAAUGAUUCCUAUUUCAAGACCAUCUUUAACUUUGAGGUGCCCCUGCUGUUGUGGAACAGUCACCUGACAGAGAACAACUGGGAUACCCUCAGCAAGAGGCCAGUCCCCUACGGCUGGAAAGAUCUACCCCGGGAAGAUGUGGCCUCCGCACUCAAGCUGCUCAAUGACUCUGCAAACAAGGCCAUGUUCGAGAGGCAGGGCCCCCAAAAGUGCAUCCGUUGUGCCGUGGUGGGGAAUGGGGGCAUACUGAAUGGGUCGAAGAAGGGAAAAGAGAUUGAUGGGCACGAUUAUGUAUUCAGGCUGAAUGGGGCUGUCAUAAAGGGAUUCGAGAAAGAUGUUGGCACCAAGACGUCAUUUUAUGGUUUCACGGUCAACACCAUGAAGAAUUCUUUGAUAUCUUACCAAGAGCAUGGCUUCACCGAGACACCGAAAGGAAAGGAUCUGCAUUACAUCUUCAUUCCCUCUGACCUGCGCGACUAUGUCAUGCUGCGCUCUGGGAUCUUGGGAGUCAAGGUGCCCAGUGGAUAUGAUGAAGGGGAUAAACCCUCUGAAUACUUUGGACCCAAACCUUCUCCCAAGAAGUUCAAAAUGCUUCACCCAGAUUUCCUGCUGUAUACAAGGGAUAGAUUCUUGAAAUCAGACAUAUUAAAUACGGAAUAUGCCAGCUUGUACAUGCCAAGUACUGGGGGGCUGAUGCUACUGACUGCUCUGCACAGCUGUGACCAGGUGAGCGCCUACGGUUUCAUCACUCCAGAUUACAACCGCUAUUCAGACCAUUAUUACGAGCGGCAGAAGGUACCCCUAGAAUUCUACGCCAAUCACGACAUGCUUAUGGAAAUGCAGCUGUGGGGCAGGCUGCACGACAGAGGGAUCAUCAAACUGUACAAGAGAUGAGAGGAGGAAGGUUCAUUCCCGCGUAGCAAUUGGGUCCUCAUAUCUCUCCUGUCCCCCUUGUGGAACUCAGCAACUGGGGUGCAGAGCACUUGACAAGAUAAUAUACCUCUUGUUAGAACACUGGAAAUGGGAGGGCGGCUUGGCUUUCCCUGGUUGGACCAUUAUGUCAACAUGUGUGGAAAAAUGGCAUCAAGCUGAACAACUGGGUUUAUAACCACUGAUUACUUCAUAUUCGAGUGGCCUUAUUGACAUUUAAAUUGUUGCUCUGGGGCAAAACAUUUCAGCCUGAUGAAGAAGGCAAGGCUGAAUUCCGACUCACCCUGCGUUGCCUUUACUGGGGUGCAAUCACCCCGACACUUGCUGCACUAACUGACACAAUGUGAACUUGGCCAGAGAAGAUACGGAAUAACCUUUAUACUGUGACUGUAGCAUAUGUCGUAACUAUGUAACUAUUUGCAAAAUUUGUACCUUUAAUCCGAUGGGGUUUUUUUGGGAAAUUUUGUAUUCCUCCUUAGAAUUAAAGGGGAAGUAACAAUUUAGUACGAUGUAGACAGCGGCGUUCUGUUUAGCCGCUGACCUACGCGUUUAACGGUGUUCGAAUUAUUUAAACGUUUAAUUUGACAGUGAAAUUCUGAGACAAUCUGCAAGCGGUUUUUGGUUUUAAAUUAUUACACCUUUUGUCCAGCGGCUCAGUCUCUGGUUUCUAGGGUCCAAUUUACCCUAGCAACCAAGCAGCGGUUAGGAUUUAGAAGUGACAGAAGAAUAGCAGUGAAACUAAAUGAAGGGUAAAUGUUCUGUUUGAGAGGUGCUAAUGUCACCACUGUGAUGCCAGUGUUCCGCAGUCUUCUAUUGGCUUGUGCCUUUUUAACCCUUCCCCUGCUAAAGAUAUAAUUGUGUUCUCUGAACUUCUAGCAGUAAAAGCGAUGAUAACUACUUCUAUCUGUUUGAAAUAUGGAAAUAUUGUUUUUAAAUAAAAGUUUGUUAAAAUUUC